AUGUGGCAAGUACUUAUUGAUUUCUUGGGGGGACCCCAGGACCAGAAACGUGCCAUAUUGGACCUUGACCGUGCUAAAAUUACCUUUGCCAACUUAUUGAAGUUCAAAGUUAAGACGGGUUAUUCUGCGAGGGACUUCAUGUACUAUAUGAAGAGAUGUGGCAACGAUACAGCUUUGCUACAGCGUAUAGAUUACGAAGAAGAUGCAUUAGCAAUGAUAGAAGAUUGUAUACAAGAGAAAAAAAUUAGGAUAGCAGUUUCAGACACUCAGCUAGAUCAGGAAGGAGAAUAUGUAAUCACACCGAUUAAGCAACAUAGUAGACAUGAGAAAGUUAGUGGACAAGGAAUUCAGGAUGAAGACAUUGAUGCGUACAAGGUGUGGCUCAAUAAGCUGCCACGGGAUGAAAACAACCCAGAUGCAUAUUUAGAUGAUGAAACCAUUGAAGAAGAUGGAAGUGGUGACAAUAGCGCAGCACCAAUGCAGUUUCUAGCUCAUGCUCGUAGGCCAAAGGCCUCUCAGAAAGCCCCUCAGCCUGCAGAAACAGCCACUCAUCCUUCAGAAUUCGCAACCAAUGCUACUGGUAUUGAAAAUAUGGUUAGUGGAAAUGAAGGUGCAGAUUUAGCGCAGGCUGCUGUUAGUGCAAAUGAAGUUGCAAAUUUAGAAAAGGCUGAUACAGAAUCUGCGCUGGGCAUACAUAAUGCACCUUCUAAUGGGCCUGCUGUUGUUCCCACUCCUAGCCAAGGACUAGAACAAGUGCAAAAGACUGUAGAAGACAGUGAAUUAGUGAGCAAUAAGAUGAGUAUCCAACCUAGUCGCCUCACUCGCAACAAUGCCAACAGAUCACUUUUCCCAAAUGACAAAGGCAGUAAUGAGUCUUUGAAGUUUAUUACUUCACAUACACUGAGGAAUAAUGCUGCAAGUAAAAAGCGAGUUUUGGGAAAUAAAUGA